ACCCAUCCGUUUUUCCCUGUUUCCCACCAGAUUCCUGGGAAAGGUUAUUACGGGAAGUACCUCAAGGCCGUGCUGUCCAAGCGGGGCCGGAAGGGGAGCUCCGUUGGGAUCGAGGAGAGCCGCUGGUCCCGGAUCCGCUCCUACCUGCGCUCCUACUUCUACAUUCCCGAGGAAGGAUUCCGGAUCCCGCUGAAGCUGCUGGUGUCGGUCACCACGGCCGUCAUCGCCGUCUACCAGGUGGCCCUGCUGCUGCUGCUGGCCGUGGUGCCCACCAUCCGGAUUGUCCGGGCGGGAAUGACCAAGGACGUGGUGGUGCUGCUGGUCCAGCUGGGAUUGGUGCCCUCGGAAAAUCCGGCCGUGCCAGGGGACAUGGAAAAGGAGCUGGGAACCGUCCGUCACUACCUGUGGGCGUUGGAAGUUUGCUACAUCAGCUCUCUGGUGUUCUGCUGCCUGCUGACCUGUGCCAUGCUCCUCAGGACACUGGCCAUGCACAGGUCCAACCUGCGGGCUCUGUACCAGGGCGCGGUGCUGGACGUGUUCUCCAAGGCCCAGAUCCUGCGCCCUUCCCGGGAAUCCAUCGUCUCCUGGAUCGGCUUCUCCGCAUUCCAGGCCGCCUUCGCCUGCCUGGGUACCGGGAUCCAGGAUCCUGGGAGAAUCCCGGUUUUCCCAAG